CACAGAAGACCGUGAAGACUGAACUCUCUCAAAAACCACAAAAACAUCUGGCAGCAGAGAUGAAGAGCAUGUUGGCGGGGUUGGCUCUGGUUUUGUUGGUGCUCGGUGUGACCGAGGGACGGAUUAUCAGUAAAUGUGAGCUGAAGAAGAAGCUGGAGACGGCUCAGAUUCAGGUGAUUCGAGCCAUGGGAGAAAACAUGACCGCGAAUGAUCUCAACUACAGACUCGUCUGCUUGGCCAGUACAACGGGCUUCAACACCAGCUUCGUCAAACACAUCCCCGCCAGACCUAAAGAGCCCUUAAAUAUCUUCUCUAUAAAGGCGAGUGCAGCGCGGCGUCCCGUCUGGAGCCUGCACGGCGUCUUUCAGCUCAGUAAUCAGCUGGCCUGUGUCUCCGGCAUGACCCCGUCUCUCAACACCUGCAACACCAGCUGCACUGCUUUUACUGAUGAUGACGUCACAGAUGACAUCGCCUGCUUGAAUACCAUAAUUAGCAGCAUUAAACCUAAACCCAAGAACAGCACCAAUCUUCCACUUGUAACCUUGAGCACUAUUUUGGUGAAGGAGUGUCACUCCAGGGUCCCCUCUUCGUAUUAUGCUGAGUGUUCGAUUGCAGCAACGCCAAUGACUGAAACGUCACCAAUGAGUGAAACAACAGUGUGACCCGCUCUAACACUGUAGAUUUGCACUAGUCGAUCGCCAUGACUACCCAACUAACAGUACUAGUAGAUCAGCUGCGUACGGUCGCUUUAAAAACACAACAGUCUGACGUUUUUACAGCAACUGCCUUUGAGUGGACGUUAAUGAGGUCGUUAUGAUGGUGGUGGGAUCUGUGCGCGUUCAAACAUAUAAAGACUUUGAAUAGAGGGCGCUUGUGCUUUAAUGAACUUUCUAUUACUACUUUAGUAUUGCAGAUGUUUGGU